AUGUCGAUGCUGGAUGUGAGAGGCUACGUGAGAGCCUUUACCUCAUCGAGGUCGACAGGGGGCCAGACGUGCUCCGUGGACGAAGAGACUGGGAAGCCAGAGUGCUGUGUGAGGCUCAAGGCCUUCUGGAAGCAGACUUCUGCCUUUCACAGUUCACACCAGAAGUUUGUGAUUCGCCUUUCGCUUGCCUGUUCCGUGGCUUUCUGGGUCGCACUCUUCGCCAUCCCGCUCUAUUUCUCAGCUCCCUACUUCUCUCUCUUCGGCAGUCGUGGCGAUGCUGUGUUCCAUGAGACGAAGGACCUGCACGACCAAGAGGUCGCUUGCAGCGAUAACAUGGUGGGAAGGAUGGAGAACAUCGGAGACCAGGCAAACCCACAUUGGGUGCAAUAUACUGGUCAAACGCCCUGGCCGACUCAGUUGACAGUUGGAGACAAGUUCAUUUGGUGCGGCUGGCUGCCAGCGGUCUGGCAGGACUACUGGCCAAACAUUGCGCAGUUCAUCGUCUUCACGGUCUAUGUCAGCACGGGGGACACUGUUCGCCUGGCUUGGCAGGGCCUGAUUGGGACGCUGUUCGCUUGCAUCAACCUGGAACUCAUGACUUUCCUCUAUCCCGGCGGGGCGGCUGGGGCCGUUUGUGAGACAGCCGACUGCGUGCCGCAGCCUUACAACGAGGCGAUCGUCAUGGCCGACGUGAUUCUGGUCCUUUUCUUAUUCCUCUUCUCCCGGGCCAACGAAAACACCAUCAAGUUCGGCAUGUCAUGGCAUGUCUUCUUCAUGAUGGACUUCAUGAAUCCCACCAAGAAGAUGCCAUCAGGUCAAAUGGAGGAGCUGACGGGCUUCAACCUCUGGAAGAACGACUUGACCGCGGACGUCUUUCUCACGUCAGUCGUUGGCGCAGUUGUGUCCAUCCUGGCGACGAUAAUUCCCAGGUGUUUCUGUUGCAUGAAGCCCCUCGCAAACCGCUGCUGGGUUUCACAGAACUCUUUGGACUGUGCGGAGAAGAUCGGAUCAGUCUGGCAAGAAAGUGUGGAGUACAUGCUGGGCAGCAAAGCGCAUGCGAAGAAAUUCCAGCUGCAGAGGAAGAUUGCCGACGUGCGGUCCAAGCUGCUGGAGACCAAGAAGCAGGUUCAGGUCGGCUGGUGGGAGACAUGGCAGUGUGGAAGCCCGGAACAGGUCCGGCUGAAGCUCCAUGCAUUCCUCUCAGGUGCCGAAAAUGUGCAGCGCACCAUGUACAGCCUCGGGAAUUCCAUCACCUCCGAAGACUUCAGUGGGCAGCACUGCGAGUUCUGCGGCAAGCUGGGCGACCGUAUUCGCAACCUUCACAGCGCAGCAAGCAAUCUUAUCGUGGCCUGCGCCAGAGCUGCGGUUGAUGGCACCAUUUCCGAAGAUGAGGAGACCGAGAUUCGAAGCAUUGCAGAGGAAGCGGAGACCUGCCAGAGGGAGCUGCUGCAGCAGUACCGGGAGGCAGUCAAGUCGGGAAUCUGCGCCAACUUGGCGGAAGAAGUCACCUUCGUUUUUGCGCUGUCUUGCUGGACUUCAACCACUCAAGAUUUGCUGCGAGUGCUGUCGACGCCGGAGCAGCGAAUGUCCUGGCGCGGCAUCGUUUGCAGUGGCAUAAGGGACACCUGGGGUGCGGAGAAGGUGCUGGAACGAGAGCAUCUGAAGUUUGCUUUCCGAAAUCUUAUUCCCAUCUCCACCUGCUUCAUCCUCGGGUACGCGGUCCCAUCAACCUGCAUCUUCAUCCAGUACGAUGCCACCAUGGCCAACACUUUGGCGCUCCUGAUCACCCGUUUCUCCACGUCCGCCGUCCAGAAGAAUUUCCACAGGACACUGGGUGUCCUCUUGGGCAAGUUCUUGCCGAUUCUCUUCAAAGCCACAUGGGUGGCUUUCCCCUGCCAGUCGACCGAACGUGGGAUCUUGCAGCUCCUGUCCCUGUUCCUCUUCGUGAGCGUGUGGUGCUACAUCUACUUCAGCUCCAAGAUGUGGAGUACUGUCGCGGUUCUUGUUGCCGGCUAUGGUGUAUAUCCGCUCAUGGUUCCGUGCGAUGACCUCAACCAGGACAGCUACUAUGUGGGACUCUACAAGGAACUCGGACAGGUGACGGUCGCCAUGGUGCUUCAGUUUGUCAUCGAGUCUGCCCUGCACGCCAGUCCCCCCGGCGAGCUGGCCGUCCGGAAGAUGGAACGGGCGGCGCAUUGCCUCCGCGAAGGCUUGCAGGGCUUCUUCCAGGUGGACCUCAACAAGAUGGCCAAGGGCCUCGAGACCCUUCGCUACCUCGACGAGGCAAAGACUUACAUGGCGGAGGCAGACCCCAGCGUGCGAUUGGCUCCUUGUUGGCGGGCUGAUUUCAAAUUUCGGCUCUACUCCAGCAGCCUGGAGAAGAUGCAGCUGCUUCAGUCUGACUUUCACAUGCUCUGGACAGCCUGCUUGGACCAGGGGUUCAUUACGGAUGAUGCGGAGCGCACCUCGCUGAUUCUGCAGCCCCUCGCUGGGCACCCUGCGAUCCAGGACCUGACGGAUCGUCUCGAUGGGCACUCCCAGAAGAUGCUUGAGGCACUGUUUGCUGCCUUGCGGCACACGAGUGAGACGCCACUGCAGUGCGAGGUGGUGAAGGAGGCCCAGAAAGUUUCCGUGGACUGCGGCAUCUCAGACGACGAGCGUGAACGGCUGUACCGAUCACUGACAGACAGCCUGCCUCCAAUGCCAAGCGACAGCCCCUUGUGCUUGGACCAGGACCCUCAUGCCCGCGGAACUGUGGCAAUCCGCGCCUUGGAGAAUUCUAUCAAGCACUUGGAAGACAUCUCCUCCCUGAUCAUCGGGGAAGACAUCUUUUAA